GUAUUAUCAAAACGAGGCUAUCGUCACAGCGCGCGGAACUUUAACGCGGGAUAGUGAAAGCGCGUUAUGGGCGUUGUUUAGUUCAGCAUCUUAAUAUGUUUCGACAAAUUUAUAAUCGAGAACUUGGCCACUGGAAGCAAAAUCUUUUGCCUUACCAGAAGCUACCCGAUGUGGCUUCUAGUGCGUUCCUCGAAAGAUUUGAAACUGCUGAUAAAGUACACUUAUAUCAGCCAUUCAGCGAUUUUGAGUUUGACUUAAUGAUCCCAAUGGCGUGCAAUUUUGGAAAAGUAAAGUGGAAUCUUUUAGGAGUGUCGGAUGAGAUGGGCAAGAUGGUAAUUUUUAACACGGACAAAAGCCUUUCCGAGAAACAGGCAGUUGUGCAAGAGCUUGAUGCCCACACCAAUGCCAUCUUUGAUUUUCAGUGGGUGGAUGAUGACACAAAGUUGCUAACAGCUUCUGGAGAUCAGACAGCAGCACUUUGGGAUGUAGAACGUGGAGAGUCUGUAAGCAUAUUCCGAGGACAUUUUUGCAGUGUGCGAAGUGUGUCUUCUGAUCCUAGAAAUUCAGCAUUGUUCGCAACUGGAGCUAGAGAUGGUCAUAUCCUGUUCUGGGAUUCUCGGAUCCAGACAAAAGUUGACAGGACGCAUGGAGAAUAUCGUCCACCAGUCAGAUAUAUAUGCAAUGCUCACAGCAUUGUAAAAAGAACAGAGGUUAAAGCUCAUCGGCGAAACUUCCGUGAGAAAGGUCCCAUACUGUUCUCUUCUGCACAGGACACACAGCAGAGUGUUACAUGUCUGCAGUUUCUUAGCGACCAUCUGCUGAUGUCUUCAGGAUCUGUAGAUGGAAGCAUUAAGGUUUGGGAUCUGCGGAAGUCUUACACAUCUCUUGUCACCCUUCCAACCCCACUGCAGUGUUUUACCUACCCAGGAACGACAGGACGUCGACCAGGUGUUAUCUGCUUUGCAUUGGACAAAACACACUCUCGAGUAUUUGCUACCUACACUGACCAUGCCAUUUAUGGAUUUAAUCUUGCAACUGGAGACAAAAAUCCAGUGAGCAUUUUCAAAGGCCACCGGUGUGAUACUUACUAUGUCAAAACUUCCAUGAGCCCCGAUGGAAGGUACUUGCUGAGUGGAUCCACGAACUCUAAGGCUUAUAUUUGGGAGGUUGAUAAACCUGAGAAGGCUCCUGUUGUUCUCAAAGGUCACAUGUCUGAUGUUGGGGGUGUUGCUUGGCACCCCAGAGACUUAACCAAGUUGGCAACUGUUGGAGAUGACAGCAUGUUACUUCUAUGGAAUUUGCCAAACAGAGAGCCUUCUGAAGAGAAGCAGAGAAGUUAUGGCUAUGCCAAGUCUCUGAAAGUUGGAAAGAAGCCAGAAGACACGGACAAACACAGAGGGUCAGUCUUCAGAGGCCAGCUGGACCCUGAGAUGAUUGCUGCACUUGAAGCGUGUACCCCAGACAAAAGUGACAUUCCGUCUCCAUCUGUUCCAAACACAUCUACCCCAUCACAUCCUAACAAAGAAUUAAACGUUUAUUAUGGCUUGCGAACUGCUGCCAGCACCCCCCCACACAUGUGUGUCAUGCGAAUGCGGGAUAAUUCCAUUCCUGGACAAGAAAGUCCAGCAACUCCUACCACUUGCUGCCCAGUCACCAUUCAGGAGGAUAUGACUCCUGGCAGGCAUAAACCUUAUCCUCCAGUAUUCUGGGUUGGUGAGCUAGGCAAAAUAGCAGAUGCAAAUGGAACUGAUGUAUCAAAUGACAAACUAACAGAAAAUAAAAGAGCUACACACAGAUCAGAGAUAAUCCACAGUAUGUCAUCAUAUCGCAAUGAAAAUGCUGAAAGUGUUCUGGCUGAGCUGAAAGAAAAUAAAGUAUCUAGUGAUUUUGGAAAUGUGGCAAAGGAUGAUUCCUCCUUAGCGCCUGCCUUUGUCCAUUUAACGCCAACUGUCAUCAGACCACAGGGGGAUUUAAAUCAUACAGGGGAAGCCAAGUUACACCGAACAAGCACACAAGACAUGAUGGAUGCAGGGCUAGAGACUCUGGGUGCAAGGUUCCAUUCCACGACUUUGAAACGAAAAUUGUAUGCUGACAUGGAUGACAUGCUUCCUGAAAAAGAGGUUCCUGUGAAAUUUCCUUGUCUUUCACCAAGAAAAGUAGUCAAUUUGGCAGAACAAAGUGUGGUACAAUCUGCAAGUGCAAGUUCAUCAAAAUGUAUAGAAUCAUCAAUGAAAGACUUUUGCAAGGUGCCCACUGUGACAUCUGGCCACCAAAAUGAUGUUGAUAACAAGCUCCAUUGUUUGCAGGCUCUAGACACAAAUAGCCCCACCAAAAAGAGGCCACUUGGUUCACCUUCUGAAGGUGAGCCCAAUGCAUGUCCUUACUUCAACAGUGUUCUUCCAAAACCGCAGACUUCCAGUGGCACAGAUAAUCCUACUACACAUGUGUUGUUUACUUUUCCUACCAAAGCAAGUCAGUCACCAACUUCUCAUCUCUUCUACUCCCCAACAAUGAAUCUGCCAAAUCGUGUUGUAGAUCCUCCUGUACCCAGAUUCGUCCCAGCAUCCCUGCCUUCAGAGCCUACACCCAAGUUGGACUGGCUGACAACCUAUCGUCUGUCUUUCUCCACCAGUCCCACAAUCAAAACCAGCGACACCAAGAAGAGUGCUGCAACUCCUAGUCCUAGCAGAACUAAGAGACUGAAAAAUUCCACCCCGAAAAGCAAGGAGAACCAUGCCUCCACCUCCACCACCUUCAUAAACAGUCCACAUGCAUCCAGGAGAGCAGGAGGGAUGAGCACAUCCACCAGAGGUGAGAAGAGCACAUCAUCCUCCAAGAAAGAUAGAGAAAAGCUAGAGACAUCACCUGCCUGCAGUUCAUCUAAGAUUCCAGGAAAGAAGUCAAUUCGCCAUUACUUUCACUAACAUUCUUCAAUCCAAUACCACAUUUGUAAAAUACAAAAGGUCCUGCAAGUGAGAACUUUAUUACCCAUUUACCAAAGAGCAUGAGAAAAGUGCAUUUAUAAUUUUAUUUAUAUGAAUUCCUUUACUUCUGACAUUUAAUAUCCUUCUGAAGUCAUGUAUCAAAUGUAAAUGAAGCACACAGUUCUGUGAUAAAGGCUUUCUGCAGAUGUGUUUACCCUUAUGGGUUGCAAUCAUUAGGGCAAAUCUUCAGUAUUAGGGAAAUUAGGGCUCAUAUUUCUUUAAAAAAACUUCUCACCAUUUUGUGACAGGAUUGAAGAUGCUGUAAAGAAUGUUAAGUCUUUGCUUUACAACACUUCAUCCUGUAAUAAGUGGUUAGUGACAGAACAUCAAAAGAUGGAUAUCAGGAAAAAGAAUAGGCAUAAACUUUAAACCAAUUUCUUACCUUGUAAGGUAUGUAAUACCAUAUGUGUGGAAUGUUCUACAAGUGUUCAUUGAGUUUAUUUUAAAAAGGGAUGUUUAAGGUCUUUAAUUUUUAAAAUACCACCUUGGAAAUAUUUUUUUUAUUUUAUGCUUACUCGUAAACAUGCAUUUAUGUAAGUUUGACAAGAUGUUUGUGGAUUGCAAAAAUUUUUGCUGUAAGAAAAAAAUUCUUGUUCGUGCAUUAUCUGUGUUGUCCACAAAACACAUCUUUGAAACAGUUGUGAUGAAUGUUUUAUCUUUUAUAGAGAAAUGUGAAAUAAAUUUCAGACAAGUCAUAGUCUAAGAUGACCUAGCAUUAGUCUUUUACAGGUGAAAAAGUUUCAUGACUAUAUUUGUAGUGACACUGUAUGUAUGUAUAUAUUUGUUUUACUUUGUGUAUGUACAGACAUCCAGCACUGGAACAGCACCAGAAUGUUUGUCACAUAGUUACCUAUGUGACAGUCUUGCAUAAGUUGAAAGGGUCAUUUUUUAGAUGAGUCAAAAGCAUCACAUAAUGCCACUACAAUGUGGUGUCUAAGUGUUUAUUAGAUGAUGCAGUGAAUUGGACCGCAUGGUCAUCUGGCAUUUUGACACCCUUACGGUUUGAGAGCUGUCCUUGUCAGAGAGACAAGAAACUGAGAUAAUGGUAUACUUAUGUAGUGAGUAAAGUAUUGAUGGCAGAGAGGAGAGCACUGACAGAGUAACGAUAGUUGAUACAGUAAUGGUGGAACUAGUGAGUUCAGCUUCAUGGUGUACAAUGAUAUCUUGGCUGAUGAGACAUGCACUAUGUGCAAGCUGGAUGACCAGUGGGAAGCUGUCAACUUGCAGAAUGGCGCACUACACCUUCACCCUGGACAUUUUCCCAGAGCCAUUUCCUGGUAAAUGGAGUCGAUACAAAAUGUAAUGUGUUAGUAAAAAGGCAAAUUUUGGGGAUGGCAGACUUCUAAAAGGGAGCAAAAUAUUUUGCACAACGGAAGGUAGCUUUCAGUCAGGUUU